UUAUUUUUAAAUUUUUAAGGUUGUUCGCGACACUUGGAUAAAAGGCAAAGGAUGGAUAAAACAAGAGACUGUAGGAGGUUUCCCAUUCACACUUGGACAACCAUUCGUAUUGGAUUUUCAAGCUGCAUGGGGAAAUCAAAUAGCUGUAUUUGUCAACGAAAAGCAUUUUGUAAAUUUUGGACGAUACGACUUGCGUGGAGUAAGUCAAUUGGAGAUUAAAGGGGCAAUCAAAGUACAAUAUCUUAUCAUGUGCAAUUAAUGAGAGAUUUCUGAUUUUCAACGAAAAGUCAUUAUUGAAUGAUGAAUGUGAUAUAUAAAAUAUAUUUUUAAAUUGUAAUUUUAAAUGCUGUAAAGCUUGAAAUUUAAAGUUCAAAAUGUUUAUUAAUAAAAGUGAAGGUAAUCUCCUCAAAUAGUAAGCAAAAAUUAACUUUGAGUGAUUAUCUGAUUUUAUUUUCACUCUUACCCUCUCCAACAAAAGAUUUUGAUGCUUUUCCUUCCCACCGACCUCUCAAUUAUCCUAAACCUUUUGAAGCCUUUUCUAUUGCCAACCCAAAUCCUUUUGAGGCUUUUCCUAAUAUGUAAAUUUUUCCAUUAUUUUCUUUUCAAAUUCCUUUUUCCUUUUUCCUUGCCGAAUUCACUGCGCAAUGAUUUAUCCCUUUGUUUUUCGAAUUUUUCCUGCCGAUACCCUUCAAAGGAUUUUCCUCCCACAUUCUUCCCUAUUUAUUAUUUAGAAGAUUUAUUUAUAAAAAUAAGAAUUAUGCAAAUUUUUAUUUUUGGUUUUUAUUUUAAUAUUUUCUUAAUAAUUUAAUUAAAUUUUAUAUUUUUUAACACAUUUAUUUUCCCUUUUUAAAUCAUCCCCUCCUAUUACCGAGAUUCUUAAUUAACGGCCAUUCUACCUUAAGGAUUUUCACUAUUUUGACUUUUCACCCUCUCUUCCUAGAUUCUCUACUAUUUGCGAUAUUGUGAUAUUUUUGAUAUUUUGUAAUAAAAAUGGGGGAAAUGGGGGAAAAGGAAAGCUU